AUGACUACUACCCCGUCGUAUCAUGCUCAACUGAACCUUCCCAUCUCUUCAGACGACGCGGAGGGUCAUUCCAGUAGGGUUGCAAACGAUCUUGCCCCUAAUCAGUUUCUUCCCCUGGGAAAACCCAAUGGCGAUGAAGAAGCAGGUCUAGACCACGAUAAACAAAAAGAGUUGUCUAAAACUCCUACCAAUGGCAGCCACGUUGGCGCACUGGCCAGUAGAACCUUGACCCUUGUCCGCACCAGAGAGUCCGGCAGGGACCCAGGACUUCCUCCCGACGGGGGCUUUAAGGCGUGCUUUGGAGUCUUUCAAACCUACUAUACGGAAACGCUCGGACGGACUCCGUCCGACAUCUCCUGGGUAGGAAGUAUCCAGAUCUUCUUACUUUUCUUCAUCGGGACCUUCUCGGGUCGCGCCACGGAUGCCGGGUAUUUCAAGGCCAUCCUGACUCUGGGGGCCAUUUUAGAGCUGUUUUGCAUCUUUAUGACUUCCUUGUGCACGAAGUACUGGCAGCUGUUCUUGGCCCAGGGCAUUGGCCAGGGCAUCGGUUGCGGGCUCAUGUUCUGUCCGACCAUUGCGCUCAUCCCUACCUACUUCACCAAGUACCGCGCCAUUGCGAUUGGGAUUACGGCGUCGGGCUCCGCCACCGGAGGCCUGGUUUUUCCAGCGGUCGUUAUGCGACUACUGCCUCGCAUCGGGUAUGGAUGGACGAUGCGGACUCUAGGGUUUAUUUCGUUGGCGACACUGAUUCCCUGCCUGGUUUUUCUCCAGCAAAGACUGCCCCCGCGCCGCAGCGGGCCCCUCGUCGAGUGGGGAGCGUUCAAAGAAGUUCCCUAUGCCUUAUUUGCGCUCGGUAUGUUCCUCAACUUCUGGGGCAUCUACGUGGGGUUCUUCUAUAUCGGUAGCUUCGCGCGCAACAUCAUCGGGGUCUCCAACUCGACCUCGAUCGAUGUUCUCCUGGUCAUGAAUGGGAUCGGACUGCUAGGCCGGUUAAUCCCCAACCUGAUGGCCGACCGGUACACGGGGCCUUUAAACAUGCUGAUCCCGUUCAGCCUGGUGACCGGGGUGGUGGCAUUUUGCUGGGCCGCGGUCAAGAGCUACGACGAGUUGUAUGCGUUUAGUGCGUUCUACGGGCUGGCCGCCGCGGGGAUUCAGUCGCUCUUCCCGGCAACCUUGAGCACGCUCACCACCGACCUGAAGAAGACGGGGGUGCGAAUGGGUAUGGUGCUUAGUGUGGUGGCGGUCGCUGCAUUGAUUGGCACGCCGAUUGCUGGGGCGCUGGUGGAUCGAGAUGAUGGACAGUAUUUGUUUGCGCAGAUGUUCAUGGGCAGUGCUAUCCUGGCUGGGACCUUGACCCUGGUUGCAGCGCGAGUGACGAAGCUGGGGCUGAUAAUCGACACCCUGCGCAGCUCACAUCAUGGCCCCCCGCGGUCGCGGAAAGUUCUCCAAGCCCUCUCGAGGAGAUCUCAACUCACCCUCUUCCCACACACAGGCGGGAAACGGUUCAGUCGCGACACCCAGCCGGUCGACAAAGAUGGCAACCCCGUGGGUCUGUGGAGGGAACCGGACGAUGACAUGCCCACCUCAUCCGAAGAAGACGCAUCCUCAGAAUCGGGAUCUGACGAAUCCUCCGAAGACGAGAGACCCGGCCCGUCCUCCGUCCCACCCCCGACGACCGCCACCGAAAUGACCCGCGAGGAACGUCGCGCUGCCGCCAAAGCGAAAAAGCAAGCCGCCCAAGCCAGACGGCUCCAAACCGCCGCCCAGCCGGGCGACCUGCCACCCUCCGACUCGGAGGGAUCGGACAAGGAGGAUGAGCACGACGACCACGAGGAGGAGGAGGAGGAGGAGGAGGACCUCCCUGCCAACCCGAACCACACUACGAAAUCCCGCUCCCAGCUGAGCACCACCACCGACGACACGGCACAGCCCGAGGGCGGAGACCUCUCGCAGCUGUCGCGACGCGAGCGCGAGGCGAUCGAGGCGCAGCAGGCCCGGGAGCGGUACCUGAAGCUCCAUGCGGAGGGGAAGACGGAUGAGGCGCGGGCAGAUCUGGCUCGGUUGGCGCUCGUCAGGGAACGGCGCGAGGCGGACCGGCUUCGUAAAGAGGCCGAGAAGGAAGAGAAGGCGGAGUUGGCGAAGCAGAGGGCCGCCGAGUUGCAGGCUAAGUUGCAGGCUGCCAAGGGAGGGAAGAAAAAGGGAGGCUCGAAGAAGAAAUAA